AUCAGAUUCGGUGGGGCCCGUCUGCUGCGUCUCCCCCACAGUCCCGCCAGCCGACACGGAAUGCCCUCAACGUUACCCUUGGGGCCUUGCAAGCGGCCGACGUUUGGCGCCGAAGCCGAUAUUUUUUUCUCACUCGCCUAGGCGUCAGAAUGCCACCCGAGAUGCUUCGGGACACCGCUCAUCUCACAGUUAGCCCUGCUCCCUGACCCGAGGCCGCAUCUAGGGCGGCAAGGUCAGAGGGGCGAUUUUAGCUAUAUAAGACGGCGACCCUCCCACCUUUUCCUCCAACAAGAAACAUCCCUCACCAGCCUCCAGCCUACCUUCGCUCCUCUCACUGCCUUCCGAGUCCCCAAAGCCAAAAAAAAGACACCAAGACUCCAUCUUCAAGGCCAAGAUACAGCCACCUUCACCCAAAAUGAAGACCUCUUUCGUCCUCGCCACCCUGGCCUCGGCCGUCUCCGUCAUCGCCGUGCCGGGGCUCUCCUGCGGCCACCACCUGGUCAACCUCGCCAGGUACACGCAGACCGACCUCGCCAAGGCCUACUGCGGCCGGGCCGACACCUGCGACGGCAAGGAGUGGAACGUUCUGUUCAGGAUCGAGAGCGGCAAGCCCUCGGUGAGCCUCUACUGCCACCUGGGCUGCUGGGGCGAGCUGGGCAACGCCCAGUGCCAUUAGAGAGCCGCGCCCGCCGGGCACCCCCCUCGUCAAGAAUCUGCAUGAGCUCCGAAAUCACGAAACUCGAUACGCGAUAAAUAAAAAAACAUGGGUGGAAGCGGACAGAACAGCUAGUGGUAAUGUGCUAGGGGUGGAUUCACUUCCGGUCUUUUUUUCUUCUUGUCACUCCUUUUAUCACAAGUGUUUUUCUUUCAAGAAGGCUCGACGGCGCGACGAGGUACGCAUGGGACCCGUGCUGGGAAGGACAGAGAGUAUGGCUUGCAAGUACGCGCUUUGAGGUUUCUUUUACAAUUAUAAACAUCAUUUCCCACCGCCCUGCA